AUAACACAGGGCUGUCGGCUGCUCUCACAUCACAUUAACAGCAAAGAAGUUUGGCCAUAAAGACGGAAGGAGAGGAAGGGGCACCACGCAGAAGAAAACAGGAGAAAAGUAAGAGAUUACUGCUUUUCUACAAUCCAGGACUGGACAAGAAAAUCACAAUGAAGCUACUCUGCCUGUUGCUACUCAUAGCCAGUUUCACAGCUGUUGUCCACCUCGAAGCAUCACGUACUGAAGAGAACCCCACCCUGCCUUCUAUGGCCUUUACCUCAGCGCCGGACCCUACUGAGACAAAAUCGCGCUUUGCCAUGCUGGACGAUGUUCGCCUCCUUGCAAAUGGCCUGCUUCAGCUAGGUCAGAGUUUACGGGAGUUUGUCCACAAGACAAAGGCCCAAAUUAAUGAUAUCUUCCAAAAGCUGAACAUUUUUGACCGGUCUUUUUACCAGCUCUCGGUGGUCACAUCAGAGAUCAAGGAAGAGGAGGAAGAACUGAAGAAGACCACAAAUUUUUUAAAGGCCAACAAUGAGGAAAUAAGAAAUCUGUCGCUGGAAAUCAACACUAAGAUCAACCACAUCCUUCAGGAGCGUACACAACUACAGAGCAAAGUGGGGAGUCUCGAGGAGAGGCUGAAGGGUCUGUCACAGAGUAUGGUCCCCCCAGAACAGCUUAGUGAAAUUUCGACACUCAAGGAAGUGAUUGAAGCUCAGGAGAGGACAAUCACUAAUUUACUGAAAGCUGUGAAGGAGCAACAUGAUCAGCUCGACCACCAAAAACUCAAGAUUAAAAACCUGGAGGAAAAGCUCAGCUAUGACAGCUUCCAAGAUACGCUUGAGAAGCCAAUACAGUCAGAUACUUCAGCUCCUGAUAUGUUUGAAUAUCUUACAGAAAACACAACCAACUCAGAUACAAAUGACCUCUCCAUGGACUGCAGUGAGCUGUAUGACAGAGGAGAGACCAACAGUGGUAUCUAUGUUAUCAAACCAAAUCAAUCUGAACCGUUCAACGUUUACUGCGAAAUGAGCACAGCUGGAGGUGCAACUGUCAUCCAACAGAGAGUAGAUGGCUCGGUGGAUUUUGACCAGACAUGGGAAAAGUAUGAAAGGGGCUUUGGAAAUAUAGAAAAGGACUUCUGGCUGGGCUUAAAGAAGAUCUACAGCAUUGCCCAACAGGGACUUCACAUCCUACGUAUCGAUCUGGAGGACUGGAAAGAGGGAAAGCACUGGGCAGAGUACCACUUUUCACUGGAAGGUCCCUCCAGACACUACACCAUUCAUCUCCGUCACUUUUCUGGUGAACUGGCUGAUGCUAUGGCCAACAGCACAGGCAUGACCUUCUCCACAAAAGAUAGAAAUGACGACAAGCAUAGAAACACCAACUGCCCGCGCAAUUACACAGGUGGUUGGUGGUUCAAUGGCUGCGGAGAGAACAACCUUAAUGGAAGAUACCUUUGGUUGAGGGCAAAGGGAUGCUCGGUGAGAAGAAAGGGCAUCCACUGGAAGCCUGGAACAGGCCCCUCAUAUUCCCUCAAGACAACCAAGCUUAGCAUACGACCAGCUCCUUCUACUGAAAGCAUCAACUGAACCCCACAACUCAUACUUCCGUUAUAAAACUCUAUGGAAAUUUUUUUGUUGCUAAAACAAAGAUGUAUUAAGGUUAUAAGAUAGACCUUAUAUUUGUUAAUAACUAGUUCUUAGUUUAUGUGCAAUGUUAAGGCAAACCUCUUAAUACUUUGUAAAGCUCAUGCUGACCAAGAGAAAUGCUAGAAACUAUGCCUGAACUGUGGCAAUGAUGCAACCAUGCCACACAGGUCAAUAACCUAUUGGGUCAGAUCCAGCAAGGACAGUAAAAUUGUCAUUAUGCAAUGCAUGCAAUCUCACUGGCUAAAUGAACAUAUUGAUCCACAUCUGCAACUUGAUUCAGUGUUGGUUACAAAAUGUUGAAGAAGUGCAGCACAAGAGAGAAUUGUGAGCAGCGACAAAAUUCCAAAGUUGUUUCUAGAAACCUCAGAGAGCUUAGAUGCCUGUGACAGCCUCUAUGCUGAUUAAGCUAUUUUGCUCUACAGCUGUUAUAAAUUUGUGAUGUGAAACUGCCUUGUCUGUUUCUAAACCUAAAGACACAAAUGCCGACAAGUUGUUCUACAACACAUGAAAUUACGUCAACAUGUCAGAUAUCAAGAGCAUACAGACUAGUGAACCUUUCUAAAGAAUAUGUCAUUUUAUUUCUGGUUACAGUGCUCUAUCAUUGUACGUUUUGGUCUUUAGGUGACCAUAUCACCUGUCGAAUUCAGCAGUAAGUUUUGAGAUGCAUAACUUUGGCAGAGCACUGAUGGAGUUUUUCCUUUGUUGUUGUUGUUUUUUGUUUUUUUUUACUCUGUAAAGUAUUUAAACCAUGUUCAUGAUAUUGUAAGACUUGUGCUGAUCUUGCUAGAAAAACAACAAUUCCAUGUAUUUCCAUUGAGUCAUAUUGACUUUUGCUUUUUACUGCAAUAUAAUUAACUGUACUGUAAAUGUGUUCCAUUCUAACACUUACCCCUGUUCUAAUAACCCUAUUUAUGAACAGAAAAUAAAGAUCAAAUUGAAGAAA